GCGUCAGAUACAGAUAUAAACGCCGUGCGUUCUACUCGGGGGAAGACGGUAGCCUUUGCUUACAAUUAUGUGGGCGGACUUUGGCGGGUAUGGGCAGCAGUCGGCAGCGUUCUGCUAUUUUCCUGGGAUCAGCGAGUGACAAGUAUUUUCAUAGGAAAUGAUAAUUAAAUUAUUAAAUUCUUAGUCAAAAAAUUGGUCGGUCAGGUCGAUGGACUGAAUUGAUAUGUGCAUGGAUUGUGUCCUUUUUUCAAUCAUCCGCAGUCACUUUCUCAAUCAUUUGCAUCUUGUGUGUAGGUGAUAGUUCUGUGAAACAUCGCAUUUUGCUCAAUCGAUCGGAAUCGACUCUCUCGACCGAUUAUUUGCCUAAUUGGUAGAUUGGUUAAUUACUAAUUAGGUUUGAUUGCUUGCAUUCGUCAAAGAUAUGAAAAAUCCGAUCGCUUGAUUGCACAGCCGUGGGAUUGGAUUUUUUGAUUGGAUCUGAUUAGAUUUUGAUUGGAUUUGUGUCGGAUGUCGAUGGCGUUACUCGUAGAUAUGGAGAAUUUCCGGCCGGUCGUCUUUCAUAAUUGAUUUGAUGACAACUCGCUGUUCGUCCUUAAAAAAAUUCCCCCUCUUAGUCGUCAUUGACUGUCUUUCUUUUUUUUUUAAUUAGAUUUAAGUAAAAGACAAUAUAGGAUUUUUGGCGCGCAUAAGAAAAUGUGGUAUUUGUGUUAUUUUAUUCAUCGCCACCUGGACUUCCGGAUUGCUGAGGUGGAGUCAUUGGCGCGCAUUGCGGGUUGUUGCUCCAGCGUGGAUGACUCGAAUCCCCGAUCUCCUCCUCCCCCUCCUCCUCCUUCUCCUCCUUCUCCUCCUCCUUCCCCUCGUUUGGCCUGGCGUCUUCCUGAUGGGGAUCAUCCCGACUCUCCCUUCUGGUUCGUCGAUCUCCCAUCCAACGACGCAGCGCUGGCCAUUGUCCGACGUGGCAUUCUGCUCAAGGGAGUAUUUGAGGUCUGGGGGGAGGGAGCCACCUAUGACGAGCUCGAGAAUUCCGUUAAGUCUUAUCUAACGGUGGAGAAAGAGAAAACGGCGGCUUACUUAACGGCCGGCAGCUCGUUCAAGAUCGUAGUGGACGGGUUCGGCAAAAUCUUCAGCAUGCAGGAGCAGAUCCAGCGAAUCGAACGGCUGUCCUACAUUCCUUUUCAGGGCAAAGUCAAUCUCAAGAGUCCCGACCACAAGUUCUGGCUGAUUGAGUCGGUGGUAGGAGAGGGGGUGAACAACGGCCUGCCGCCACGGGUGCCACGUCGGAUCUAUUUCGCGCGAGAGGUGGGGUGUUCCAAUCGCACGAUCGUCAGCACCUACACGCUGAGCAAGCGGCGCUACCUUGGGCCCACCUCCAUGGACGCCGAGAUGGCUUUCAUCAUGGCCAAUCAAGCUCUGGCGAUGGCUGGCAAGCUCAUCUACGAUCCCUUCGUCGGGACCGGGAGCGUGCUGAUCGCGGCGGCGCACUACGGCGCGUACACGGUCGGGGCCGACAUCGACAUCCGGGUCGUCCGCGACGGCAGAGGUCGGGAUCGCAACAUCUGGAGCAACUUUCAGCAGUACGGGUUGAUGCCCCCGCUGUCUCUUCUUCGCGUUGACAACAACGUUAAUCCAUGGCGAACGGACCUGGACGAGGUGUUCGACUCGGUGCUGUGCGAUCCGCCCUAUGGAGUGAGAGCGGGGGGCAGGAAAUCUGGCGGGAGGAAGAUGCUGAAUGGGAGAGUGGAGCCGUACGUCAUUCCCGAGGAAAUGAAGUCCGAUCAUAUUCCAUCAACUGCGCCUUACACGUUGGAAGAGUGCUUGCAGGACAUGCUGGAUAUGGCGUCCAGGCUGUUGGUGAUGGGAGGGAGGCUGGUGUUCUUCUUCCCCGUGCUCAGGGAAGAGUACAAGGAGGAGGAGGAUCUGCCCCGGCAUGCUUGCCUGCACCUGGUCGCGAAUAGCGAACAGAUUCUGACGAGGCGAUGGAGUCGAAGACUGCUCACGUACGAAAAGGUGACCAGGUACACUGCAGAUAUGGCUAAGGAGGCCAGAGCCAAGCACGAAUAUUUCAGAAUUAAUCAUUUGAAAUUCCUCGAAGAGGCGCGCGCCAAGGCCGACCUCAGGGCCGCGGUCUUCGCGCCGAGGCGGGCGGAAUGGUUUCCUGAUUUGGAAAGUGGAAGUCCAUCCAUGGACGGGGGGGGGGGGGGGGAUGGGACAGUCAAUGGCGCCAACGAGCACUCGGUCGCGACGGCAGCGAGAAGACCAAGGUACCGAGGCAAGAAUGUUUGAUGAAAAUUUUCUCUGCUCUUUUUUUUUUUGGCGAUUUGGGGGGAGUUGCUGGGGAAGGGGGGGGGGGUGAUAAAUUGAGAUAAUGUUA